CAAAGUUCCAGGCCAGCCACAGACCCUGGGGAGCACAAUACUUGGGAACCCGAGAAGAACUUGGAUUGUCCUGAACUAAUUUCUGAGUUUAUGAAAAAGUAUAAGAAGAUGAAGGAGGGUGAAAACAACAAGCCCAGGGAGAAGUCAGAAGGAAACAAGAGGAAAUCUAGUUUCUCCAACAGCGCUGAUGAUAUUAAAUCUAAAAAAAAGAGAGAGCAAAGCAAUGAUAUUGCUCGGGGCUUUGAGAGAGGAUUGGAACCAGAAAAGAUCAUUGGGGCAACAGAUUCCUGUGGCGACUUAAUGUUCUUAAUGAAAUGGAAAGACACAGAUGAAGCUGAUCUGGUUCUUGCAAAAGAAGCUAAUGUGAAAUGUCCACAAAUUGUGAUAGCAUUUUAUGAAGAGAGACUGACGUGGCAUGCAUAUCCAGAGGAUGCGGAAAACAAAGAAAAAGAAAGCGCAAAGAGCUAAAGGAGGAGCAGUCCCUGUCAUUUCUCUUUGUAUAUAACACCUUCAUCUUCCUGCCUCUUCUCUUCUCCCAGCCCCUUUCAAUUCUAAACACAUCCAUAAAGAUAAUGUGCUUAUCACUGUGCUCCAC